ACCAAGAGCUGUUGUUUCCUUUUAAGUCCCUCUGUGGAGCUGAGCUCCAGCUAAGGGCAAGAUAACUCUUUCAGGAAGACAGUGGGGCUUCAGUGUCUGUGAACAGGAAUAGUGCGCUGUGGGGCCCCGGGUCAAGUGUACUGGACAAGCACAGAGAGGAUUUUUUUUUUUUUAAACCAUGGGGCAGGAUUUCUUUUGGAAACGAGAACAUCUUUUAAGUAUUUAACUUUAGACAGGCUUACUUUUCUUCUGUUGACCACUUUCUUUCACCGAAAGCCUAAGCCAAUUGGGGUUGUGCGACAGAGAAAGGAGGCACGAGUAUGUCUGGGCUGUCUCAAUGGGGAAGCAGAAGAGGGCAUUUGGAGUCCGGUUUGCCUGAGGUUCUGCUAGGCCUCUGAGAAGAAACCAUGAGGAGGACUUUGGAACUAGAGGAUGAGACCUAGUAAGAUAGGCAGACAUCUGAGUGCCCCCCAACUCCUGGUACUAAAUCCAGUGUGUGAUCUCCUUCCCUUGGGCUUGAGUUGGAACUCUGAGACGUGCUUUUCAUGAAUAAGACGAGGCAAUCGAGAUAUCUGUGCUAUGAUUAGGUCACAAGAGGCUGCAAUUUCUACCUUGUUAGGUAUUCUUCUCUUGCUACCACGGUCUCAUUCUUGUUCUUCCCAUGCUUUUUGGUGUGCUCUGAUGAAGGUAGAUGCCAUCAUGGAGAGGCUUGAUGACGAGGAACCAGUGAUGACUUCUGGUCAACACAUAUCGAAACCCCAUCACCUUCGACCCAACAGCAUCCAUGUCCUGAAUCCUGUCAGUGACUGUGAGGGCAUCACCUUCAGUAGAAGGACAAAUUACCACAGUCAGUGAGCUGCCAAGUGCUGCCCCCACCCUGUCAAAGAAAGCAGCUGGUCCUGUUUUUAAUCAGCACCUCCCAGCACAAGCCUCUGGGUCACAGGGGAAGAACAGGGCAGGGUUUGAAACUUUCCGAAGACAAUUAAUACGCACUGAGUGCAAAAGGCCACUUAGGUCAUCUCUGUAUGAAUCUGCUUGAUUGGAGACACAAACAAGAGAGGUGCAACUUUCAUAGAAGACUUCACACGGACGUACUCUCCAUUGCAACCAUACUAUAGAUGAUGAUUAUUGAAAUAGCCCCAGCAUUUACCACAGAGCAAAAGAUAUAGCUUGAGAGGCUAUCGGACAAUUCCAGAACCAAAGAAUGGAUGACUACAGGUACCGGGACAACUAUGAGGGCUACGCCCCCAGCGAUGGCUACUACCGGGGCAACGAGUCAAACCCGGAAGAAGAUGCCCAGAGUGACGUGACAGAAGGCCACGAUGAGGAGGACGAGAUCUAUGAGGGCGAGUACCAGGGCAUCCCUCAUCCAGAUGAUGUCAAGUCCAAACAGACUAAGAUGGCGUCCUCCAGGGCAGAUGGCCUUCGGGGCCAGGCAGACCUGAUGGCUGAGAGGAUGGAGGAUGAGGAGCAGCUGGCCCACCAAUAUGAGACCAUCAUUGAUGAGUGUGGCCAUGGGCGUUUCCAGUGGACCCUCUUUUUUGUCUUGGGUUUGGCCUUGAUGGCCGAUGGAGUGGAAGUGUUCGUGGUGAGCUUUGCCUUGCCCAGUGCGGAGAAAGACAUGUGUCUGUCCAGCUCCAAGAAAGGAAUGCUUGGGCUGAUAGUCUACCUAGGAAUGAUGGCAGGAGCCUUCAUCCUGGGGGGUCUGGCUGAUAAACUGGGAAGGAAGAAAGUCCUCAGCAUGUCCUUGGCCAUCAAUGCCUCUUUCGCCUCCCUCUCCUCCUUCGUGCAGGGAUACGGAGCCUUCCUCUUCUGCAGACUCAUCUCAGGCAUAGGUAUUGGGGGCUCCCUGCCAAUUGUUUUUACCUACUUUUCCGAGUUCUUAUCGCGGGAGAAACGAGGUGAACACCUUAGCUGGCUGUGCAUCUUCUGGAUGACUGGGGGCAUCUAUGCAUCUGCCAUGGCCUGGAGCAUCAUUCCACACUAUGGCUGGGGCUUCAGCAUGGGGACCAACUACCAUUUCCACAGCUGGAGAGUGUUCGUCAUCGUCUGUGCUCUGCCCUGCACCCUGUCCCUGGUGGCACUGAAGUUCAUGCCUGAAAGCCCCAGGUUCCUGCUGGAGAUGGGCAAACAUGAUGAAGCCUGGAUGAUUCUCAAGCAAGUCCAUGACACCAACAUGCGGGCUAAGGGGACCCCUGAGAAGGUGUUCACGGUUUCUCACAUCAAAACACCCAAGCAAAUGGACGAAUUCAUUGAGAUCCAGAGUUCAACCGGCACUUGGUACCAACGCUGGCUGGUCAGGUUCAUGACCAUUUUCAAACAGAUCUGGGACAACACCCUGUACUGUGUGAUGGGACCCUACAGAAUGAACACCCUGAUUCUGGCAGUGGUCUGGUUCACCAUGGCGUUAAGUUACUAUGGCCUGACGGUGUGGUUCCCUGAUAUGAUCCGGUAUUUCCAGGAUGAAGAAUAUAAGUCUAAAAUGAAGGUGUUUUUCGGUGAGCAUGUGCACGGGGCCACCAUCAACUUCACGAUGGAAAACCAGAUCCACCAGCACGGAAAGCUUGUGAAUGAUAAGUUCAUAAAGAUGUAUUUUAAACACGUCCUCUUUGAGGACACAUUCUUUGACAAAUGUUAUUUUGAAGAUGUGACAUCCACAGACACCUAUUUCAAGAACUGCACCAUCGAGUCAACCAUCUUCUACAACACAGACCUCUACAAGCACAAGUUCAUUGACUGUCGCUUCAUCAACUCCACCUUUCUGGAUCAGAAGGAGGGCUGCCACAUGGACUUUGAGGAGGACAACGAUUUUCUGAUUUACCUCGUCAGCUUUCUCGGCAGCCUGUCUGUCUUGCCUGGGAACAUAAUUUCUGCCCUGCUCAUGGACAGAAUCGGAAGACUCAAGAUGAUUGGUGGCUCCAUGCUCAUCUCGGCAGUCUGCUGCUUCUUCCUGUUUUUUGGCAACAGCGAGUCUGCGAUGAUUGGCUGGCAAUGCCUGUUCUGUGGGACCAGCAUCGCGGCGUGGAAUGCUCUGGAUGUUAUCACGGUGGAGCUGUAUCCCACCAACCAGAGGGCCACGGCAUUUGGCAUCCUCAACGGAUUGUGCAAAUUUGGAGCCAUCCUGGGAAACACGAUCUUUGCUUCCUUCGUUGGGAUAACCAAAGUGGUCCCCAUCCUUCUGGCUGCCGCUUCUCUGGUUGGAGGUGGCCUGAUCGCCCUCCGACUGCCGGAGACCCGAGAGCAGGUCCUGAUGUGAACAGCCCCCUGGGAGAAAGAUGGGAAGAUCUUCUCCAGGACGCUCCAGCACAGCCACACCUCCCGCCUCUCCCUGUCCAUGCGUAUCAUGGACAGCGCAGGAGGAGAAAUGGACUUUGUAAUCCCUAGUUUAGGACCCACUGCAUUUGUCAAUACAUGCCUAACUCAGGUGAUUGACUAGGGGUGUCCUGAGUCACCCUUAGGACCCCAGAGCUGUGUGUUUCUCUUAAGGUCUCUCCAUCCAAGGCAUGGAGGGGAGGACCCUCCAGUAAAUGAAUACAGUGAGCAAGGAGUAUAUGUUUCUCUGAAUGAGGUGCAAGGAAUUAUUUGCAUUUCAGACUGAAGUUGAGGACAGGAAACAUUUUGAGCUCCUCCACGUAGCUCCUGGGAGCCCUGUGUGACCUGGCAGGUUGCCUUGGUUGGGAGUUGGAGCCAUCACAUGGAUACUGGGUGAGGAGAACAGGAUUUACGUUUGCAUUCAAAGUAUGACCUAACAUAUUUUCCAUCUGAAAAUUGGCACAGUAGUACUGAAGAUAUUCUGAUAUCAGAAAAGCCACAUACUUAAGCAAAUUGUGUAUAGAGUGACUUUUCUACCCAAGCGUCCUCAACUUUGCACGAUACACCAAGAAUGAUAUUUAUUAUGACUUUGCUCGAGUCAGAGACACUUAAGGAUGGGUGUUCUGUAAACUCAGUUUGUAUAUAACAGUUUUGAGGUUUUAUUUUGACAAAUGGUAGCUGCUCACGUUGUCAGCGUUUCAGCCAUAUUUGGGGAGGACUUGCCGUUCAAGGUCCCAGGACACUAGGUGCAACUGAAUGACAUUUGAGCACAAAUUCAAUACAGCCAUCUAACUUGUUGUCAAGAGAAUGCACCAAGUAAGCCAUGGGCAGUUUUCUCCACCUUGGGACUUUUCAGUUUAGCGGGGCAGUUCCUUUUCUCUCCUAUGUCAAUCACUUGUGAAACUCAAAUCCAAGGGCCCUCUGACUGCUGGCGCUCUCUGUAUAGAGACUAACAGUAACGGACUAAGGUUGGGAAAGAGUUCUUCGAAAGUGCGAAUUCUUCCUGUUUGAUUUGGCAGGAAGGCACGAUGGACAUUUAUUAUGAUGUUCAGGCCCUACGAGAAAUUUGCGCUCCAUGUCCUGGUCGAGGGCUUCUGAAACAGGCCGUUAACGUGGAAGUUAGGAAGUGAUGGGUGUCAUGUACAUUCAUGUCUUCAGCGUUCUAAGGGAUCUUUCCUGAGAUCCAGUUCGUACCUUGAAUGCGGAAGUAGGUGGGGAGAGGAAGUCAGGGCAAACUGCUCUGGUCGGUGUCAGCCAUCAUCUGAGGUCUUCACUCGAUGUCGAAAGAGCAACGUGCUUUUCGUCAGGACAGUCUAGCAGUGGUGGAGACAGGAAGGUAGGUGUUCCUGUCACUAGAUCUAUGCUUGCCUGGGCCAGGGAGCAUCAGUCUGUAUGACCUAGUUUUCUCUCUUUAUUUGCAGCAUCCCCAGGAGCUGUAACGUGCUAAACUUUGCCUAUCAGACACCUCCCCAAAUCUAAAUGAGACUAAUGGCUAUGUUGAGUGUUUUCUCAGUUUGGUGGGAAUGCUUAGUUCCCAUGACAGUUCAAGCCAUCUUUCUGUAGAUCCUUGAGUAUAAAUCAGCAAGGGGAAAUUGGUUUUUUUUUUUUUUUUGAGAUCUUCCUUCCCAUCUUCAAGUCUGGCUAACAUGUUUACUCUGCUUCUCUGGUCCCCGCCUCUUGACAUCCCCACUACUUUCUGUAUAGGGAAGGAAGAUGUCACAUCAGCUCUGAUGCGACACCCCGAUUCCCCCAAAUAUAAAUAUAUAUAAAUAUACAGAAUGUAUUAAUGCUUCUCCUGGUGUUUUAUAGACAUUAACUAACACAGCACUCUGUUGAUAACGAGAGACUUUCUGUAAUAUAGCUCUAAUAUCCUUCCUCAUUUUCUCAUGAUAUGGAAUGCAUCGGCUAGGACCAUGAGAGAAUUGUGUAAAUCUGUGAUUACACAUUCCUUAUAGCAGUAAUCUUUAAUGGGAUAAUACAACCCAGUGAGCAGCUGCCACUUAAGAAAUAUCCAAGGCAGAGUCUGCCUUUCCAGCCGGAUGGAUCUUGCAAACUUUAAUCUUAUUGCCUUUUGAGUGCAGGGGUGGCUGCAGCCCUUUGUAGAUUAACCCUGCUUAGCUUCUGAGCUCUGUCUAAAUUGCGUUUAUGGAUCCUUAAAAACCAUCUACCUAACCAACCAAGGGCAGUUCCCAAUCCAUCACUUGGGCUGUAUGAAGGAUGCACCAUGGUCUGCAGCCCCUCUCAUGAAGGAUUAGCUGGCCGUGGUACCUGGCCACCUCAUAAUUCCUGUCACUCCCGGUGAGAUGAAUGUGUCUUUAAAAAUAGUCUCUGUGGCAGGUCACCGGGGGAUAAUGUACAACACUCUUAGCCAUCCAUCUCGUUUUGCCCCGAGAGACUCCUCAUGGCAUCCUUAGAGGGUGAAAGGGAAGGGUCGUUCCCUCAUUGAACCAGACUGUUCACAGUUCGUGACGUAGUUUAUGAUGGUCAGUUUGGGAGUCGUUACUUUCAACUGCGUUGUGUUAUCUCUUGAUGCUGAGUUUUGAUCUUUUGUUUUAUUAAAACUAAUUGGUGAAAGAGGCUUCCUGUUUCUGAAAUUUGUAGCACAAGAGUUUGAGAUCAUGUAAUAACUCCAUUCUUGGGUUCCCUGGCUAUUG